AUGGCCCCGAUCCUGCGCCAAUCUGCCGUGCUGACCUUCACGCCCUACAUGUCUGAGCGGUGUGACCGUCUUGCCCAGCUCCAAGACGAGCCUUCGGAUGUGUACCUUGCAGCGCUCAUCCGGCUCCAGGCAUUAAAUGCCCGCUGGGGCAUCGCGUUUCCAGCGCCAGAAAACUCCUUUGGUCCGCCCAGAGCCUUUGAUGACACAACUUACAUGGCCAUAACUUCGGCUAUUGAAGAGCUCGAGGUGAUCGGCCGCUCCCUGCCCAAUUCUAUAAGGAAUGAUGUCGUUCUCUGGACAAUUUAUGCUCAAAGUCGCAUCGUCCGUUUUACCCAUACUGCUAUCCAUCAGCACGUCGCGACCACCACGACCACCGUCCCGAAUCACCUUCAUGACAUCAACCACUUUAACCGCGCCACCGCGCUCCGUACUUGUCUAACCGCCUGUGUCGGCACCAUCCGCUCUUAUCUUGCCAUACCCCCACUCGACUUAGCCACGACUUGUCCUGUCAUGACUACCUGCAGUCUUGGCAUAGCCUUGUUAACCCUUCGCCAUCUAUUGCUGUCGCUUAACGACGACCCAGACUGGGAUACGGCUGCUGCUCGGUCUGUCGUUGAUGCUGAAGGUAUGAUCGAUGGGUUGUGUGACCUGUUUAAGGAUUCGUACCUGGCUCUGCAGGAAGACAGUGACCGACGGACCGGGACGGAAGGCUCUGACCUUUCGUCACCAGGGCUUAGUGGGGAAGAUGGUUGGGGGUUGAUUGCUGGCGGGAGCUCGUAUCGGGAGAUGCAAGUCGUCGAGAUGCACGGAUCUGGGAAACUGACCAGGGCAUUGGCGGAUAUGGAGUUGGCGAAUGACAAGGCUGGGCCAGCGGUGCUAGGUUACUGGAAAAAGCUGAGAUGGUUCAAGAGCUGGUAUCUCGACGCAAACUUCUCUAAUGAACACCCGGCCGCGCCCGAAGGCACUCGGUGCCAUGAGCACAAUAACGCCCCGAACUCGGAGUCCCUGCCUGACCCACCUGAAGAGUUCACGGACGAAAUAUGGGCAGGUAUGGCCGGCCCCGAGGAUAUUUUGGGGUGGGACGAGGCCGAUCUGGUCAGCACAGGGUUGUGA